AUGUCUCCAGUUGAUCGAGUGGUGGGUCUCACUGGGAGUGAACUCUCCAGCAAAAACUUCACAGCUUCCACCAUCUCACCUGUUGACGUUGCCUACAAAGAAAGCCUACCCAUCAGGCUGGGUGCACCACAUGUAAUUGGAGUCAGAGCUCUUCUUCCUCCUCAGAUUCCAGUCCGGCUUCAGUCCCCUGAAAGAACAAGAUCAUCAUCCCUCCAAGACCAGUCUCGGACUCUCAGACACUCCAGAAACAUCCGGUCACGCUCUCUGUCCCCUGCUUCUAAAAGAAGUCAUUGGCAGCAGCCCCACCCUCAGUCUCCUAAACCCGUGUGGAGACCAAAUUCCACUAAAGUAAAUGCAUGUGGCCGGCCUCCUCCACCCAUAAAGAGGCAGACAGCAGGGAGUAAGAAGGCAGCCUUCACUAGACUGUUUAGAUCGUAUUCCUUCAAGCCAGGGGCAUUCAACCUGAGCUCCCAGCCUACACUGAAUCAGAGCCUGGAGGACAGUCCGAGUUCCUUGAGGGCUCCAUACAGUUUUACAGCUCUGGAUGUGGCAUCACCUUCCACAAAGGAAAUCAGUGACAGGUUCCUGCAAACACUGGCAGAGGGCGACAUCAGACAAUCAUUGGUAGAAAUGUCUCCAUACCAACAAGAACUGUCUCACCUGAGGCUGCAACGCCUCCGUGUGGAGGAAGAGUUACUUCUGGAGCUGAAACGGCAACAAGAACUGGAGAGACUCCGGGGCCCACAGCUCAAAUGGUAUGAAAUGAAAGGACCUCGCUUUCAUUAUGAAGCUCACAAGAACAAUGAACUGUUGCGAAACAGCAAGGAAAGACAGUCUGGCUUUAGCUAUGGAGAGGACCUGUUCUCUGCUUCCAAGGACUUCUCUCAAAAUGCUGGCAUGGAAACACAGACUUCAUGUGAUACUCAACAGUGGUCAUCCUCCUGAUUCAGCUAACCGUCAGUCUUCCUGGCUUUAAUACAAUAGGUUUUCAUGUGUAUCAACAUGAAUAUGGUAAAAUUACUGUGUACAGUAAAACUGUUAAUCCAGCAUGCUCAGGACUUUGGUAGUGCCAAACCUGGAGAUUUUCUAGACUAUUGGAUGCUAUUCCUGUCAAUACUCCAAUACACUUUUAAUUUGCUAUUUUUUAGAUGUUACACAAUAGAAUAGUACAUUUUCCAGUGAACCUGUUUGGUGGUCAGGGGAGCUGCAGAGAAACAGAACCAGGUGAGUUUCAUGGGAAUGCAGGAACCAGGGCCCCAGUGAGUGAAAAGAGUGCAUGAGAACCAGGAUUCUAGUGGGUGAAAGAAAACACAAGAACCAGAAGUGAGAGAGUGUGGGAAGUGGAGCCUCAGAAUGUGAAAGUGAGCACGAGACUCAGGCCCAUGGUGUGUACCACAGGAAUCAGCACCCAGUGAGUUAGAUGCCCAACCAUUGGGAUUUCCACAUAGAAUGGAUUAUUGGAGUUUUACUCUAUCAAUCAGUCACCAAAGCUCACAAAAGCAUUGUGAGACCUCCACUAGGAAUGAGGUCUCUCUCUGCUCAGGCUUCACUCUUGGUGGAAUCUCACUCAGAUGGAGUGAAACAGGUUUGAGGAGUAUGCUGAAGCUGGGUUUAAGAAGGACUCAUCUUCCUUUUCCCCCUUCCCCCAUCAUAGCUUUAACAUGUUUCGUCUUUGAUUUUUUUUUCACUCCCAUUA